CUAGAAUAAUGCACAUAAUGUAAUGUUUCCUGCUCAUGGCUCUUGACUACUACUUCAAUCCUGCUGUAAUUUCAUUAUUCAGCUUCCAUUCACCUACUAAUUCGUUUAUAACAUUUAUUGGCCUGAAGGGUUUGCGUGUACUCACAGCGCCUCUAUGCUGUCAGUCUUAUGUUUCGGUUUUACGUGUGAGUGAAUGAGAGCUGCGCUGCUCUAACAGUAAAUACAGGCUAUGGCCUCUCUCAGUGAUCAGCUGGAGGAGGUGAGGCUUAAUGCAGAGGGCAGUUUAUGUUCUCCAGGGUCUGCUCAGGAGAUCAGGUCCGGGGUGUCCGCCAUGGCCAACAUUCCCUUACCUCCCACCAGCAAAUAUCGCCACAUAGCCGCUGAAAGCAUGUUGAAAGAAAACAGUAGUGGAAACAAUAGGAAAGAGACGAUGGCAUCCCUGCAGAAACUUUCCACAGCUUUGAACAUCUUGGAGAAGUAUGGCUCCAAUCUUACCAACUCCAAUAGGCCAAAGUACUGGCGUACUGUGAAGUACAACAACCCUGUCUUCAGGACCACAGUAGAUUCUAUUCAGGGUGGCAGGGCUGUACUUAACCUGUAUGGAUAUACGAAUCAGCAGCCUGACGGUUUGAGCUUUCCUGAUGAUGUUGUUGAGCCAGAUGCUGGGAAGGUGGCAUCAGUGACUCUUGAGGUCAUGUGCCUCCGAAUGGAGCUAGACAUGCUUACUAAGGGUGCCCAUUCCCAUCCCGAAUUCUAUGAAAGACUUAUUCCCUCCCUCACUCUGCAGGAUGAAGAGGGACUUGGCACAGAUGCCGUUGCUUUCUCUCCUAAUGAGAGUCCAUGGGAAAAGCAAAGUCCCUCGCCUGCAUCUACACCUUCUCAAUCCAAAUCUCCAUUCAGUCCGUCCCUCCCUCUUUCAUCUUUAGGGUCCUCUAAACCGACAGACAACUGCAGCAUAUGUGGCAUAUCUCCAGUCUCAGCUCACUGUCCAACCUGUACUCAGCGCCUGUGCAAAGAAUGUGACCAGCUGUAUCAUUCCCAUUCUGGACGAUCUACGCAUGUCAGGAUUCCUGUGACUUCCUCUAAACCCACAAAAAGGCUCAGCUCCUCGCUGUCUACAUGGCAGUGUUUAUAUUGCACUACAGUGAAUACAAUGCAGCAGGUUUUGUGUGAAACUUGUGAGCGACCACGGCUGUCUUCUGCUGCCCCGUCUGUGCAGGAGGAGCCAUCACAGCCCUCUACAAUAUCCGAGUGGCAAUGUAAAAGCUGCACAGUAGUGAAUGCGGGUAGCAGCAUUCUGUGUGAGGUGUGUGAGCGCCCUCGUUUGGCCACCCGGCCUCCUGUAGCACCCUCCCGACCAGCUCCCACUACUACAGGACCAAUGGACAGCCAGUGGGUUUGUCUAUUUUGUACCUACGUCAAUCAAACACCAUCAGCCGUCUGCGAAAUGUGUUAUCUUUCAAAGUCAGACCAUGCCCCAUAUCCCUCGAAACCCCUCCCGGUCUCACCAGUAAAGAACAUCACAACUGUAUUAGCCACCCCCAAAGUCACGCCCACUGAGGAUCCUGAUUUGAAAAGACAACGAUUAAUGAAGGAAGAGGGGAUUAAACUUAUUCAGCUCAUUCGUGAGGGAGAGAAGAAAGGGGUGAGCCCAGAGGAGGUUUACACAAGCAUGUGCGUAUCAGGGAACAGUAACGUAACACCGUAUGACUGGCUGAAGACAGAACUUCCUCAUGUGCUCGAUGAGAUCUGUGUGAUGGCUGCAUCCUGCCAGCAGGAAUCCAAUGCACUGUCAAACAGUUCAGGAGAGAACGAGAGCCAGGAUGGACAAAAGAGCAACAGCGUGCCUCUGUCUAGAGCAGAAGCCAAACGGGCCUGGCUGGCAGCAGGGGGCGACAAUGAGAAGGCUGUCAGACAAGCUCACAGAGCCCGCAGAGUUAAAGUAAAAGAGCUUGGCUCUUUGGGCUUUAAUGAUGUGGCUCGCUGUGAGGAAGCCUUGCGGCAGAGCGGAGGGGAGGUGAGGGGGGCUCUCGUCCUGCUGCAGCGCUCUUUACUAGAUCCCUUCCAUCAGCGCAUGUGGACCGAUGAGCAAGAGCCCCCUAUCGACAUCAACCAUCCUGACAAACAGCACGUUUGCCGCAGGUUGCUGGCUGUGUACGACCUGCCCAGUUGGGGGCGCUGUGAGCUGGCUCUCUCUUUGCUGCGGGACCCUACAGCCUCCUACACCCUGGAGGAUGUGGUUCAGGCCGUGCGCGAGUCACCUGAUAAAGAUUUUAUACGCCGUGUGCUGAACAAAGAAUGCCCCAUUUGCCUGUCCAUCUUUCCUCAAAGCAAGAUGCAGUCCCUGACGUCAUGCCAGUGCUCGGUGUGCUGCGGAUGUUUCAAACAGCAUUUCACCAUAGCAGUGAGGGACAAGCACAUCAGAGACAUGGUGUGUCCAGUCUGCGCAGAGCCUGACAUCAACGACCCAGAGCACCUCAACAGCUACUUCUCUACCCUGGACAUUCAGCUUAGGGAUUGUCUGGAACUGGAAGUGUACGAGCUUUUCCACAAGAAGCUGACUGAGCAGGCUCUCAUCAAAGACCCGAAGUUCUUGUGGUGUAGCCAUUGCUCGUACGGCUUCAUCUAUGUCGGCGACCAGCUCAAGGUCACCUGUCUGCAGUGCAGGAAAAGCUUCUGUGCCCAGUGCAAAAAGCCGUGGGAGGACCAGCACAAGGGGGUCUCAUGUGAGCAGUUCCAGCUGUGGAAGCGAGAGAACGACCCAGAUUACCAGAGGCAGGGCUUGGCCGGAUACCUGCGUGACAAUGGGAUCACUUGUCCUAACUGUAGGUUCCAGUACGCCCUGGCCAGGGGCGGCUGUAUGCACUUCAGCUGUUCCCAGUGCAGGUAUCAGUUCUGCAGUGGAUGUAACAAUCCCUUUCACACAACGUGUGCAGUGAACCAGUGUAGUGUGACAGGUCUGCAUGCCCAUCACCCCAGAGACUGCCUCUUUUACCUCCGAGACUGGGAGCCUGCCAGGCUUCAGGCCUUACUGCAGAAAAACGGGGUGAAGUACAACACUGACACAGCUCCAGGAACACAGACUGGUGUGUGCGGAGUGAUCGAGCAGAAGGAUGAAGGGCCGCGGCCCACUGACUCGGCAUGUGGAGCUCAGACUCAGCCGGGCCAGGCAGGCCUCUGCGAGAAGCAUUAUCGGGAGUACCUGGUUAGCCUUAUUAACGGGCAUUCUCUAGACCCCGCCCCCCUCUUCAAUCACGAUGAGCUGCUCGUGGCCUGCAGGAGAUACCAUGUAGACAUCGCACAGGGGGAGGGAGAAGACGAUAGAGCACACUACACAAGGCUGCUUAAGGUGUGCAAAUUCUCAUUUUCCUAUUCCUUAAACUUGAACCUACUUACUUUUUAUAGCUAUCCAUUCAUUCUUUACCUCUGCCAUCUGCAGAAGCUAAUGGAUGACGUGCCUCUCGGCGACAAGGUCCCUCGCAAGAAGUGAAGACAUCGUGUUCUCCCUCUUGUAACCUGAGCUGACUAUUUUAUCUGUGUGUGUGCCUGUAGCUUCAUUAUCUGAGCUACAGAAUGUCAAACACAGUGCUUCCCUCUCCUAAAUGUGAUUUAGUUGCACAUUUGCACAUUGCAUACAUUGUUGUAUUAUUUAAUCAUACGUUUAGUGAGGGGUUUUACUAAUCACAGUUGUAUGCCUUAUGUCCAGUGCUGGAGAUUCACUGGGGGGACUUUUAGUUAGGGACAUAUUUUAUAUUUUUAAAACACAGAUGCAGAAAAUGCCACUUCAGUUAUGUAUGAAAUGUGCAUAACAUUUGGAGGCCAUUUUAAAGGGAUAGUUCAACCAAGAAAGGAAAAUCUGUCAUUAUUUACUCCAUAUCUUGUUAGUUCAAACCUGUGUGACUUUCUUCUGCAGAACACAAAAGAAGAUAUUUUGAAGAAUGUUGGUACCCGAACAACGGUGGAACCCAUUCACACAAAUUGGGCACAAAACCAAUGCAAGUGAAUGGGAUUCGCUCGGUUCGGUAAUGAUGAGUAAAUUAGUCAAUUUCACUUUUGUGUGAAAUAUCUCUUUAAUGGAUAAAGGAUGGAAAUCCUCUAAAUUUUGAAGUAGAACCCCCCCACCCCCCGGAAAUUCGCUCCCAUGUUCCCCCCCCCCAUUUCCAGCACCCGCUUAUUUCAUAGUCUUUAAUCAAAAAAGUGUAAUUUUAGUUAAAUUGCCAUUAUUUUACACUAUGUUGAUUUGAAAAACAGAGAAGAGUCUUGGGCAGUUACAAUUAGACCACUCUUUGUGAAUGCAUAUAAACAAGCUAUAUAAAGUUUUUAGCAGAUAGAAGAUUCAUCAAACAGCACCAUUUUAAAUGGGUUUUAAGAGCGAACAAUGGAUUUUUGCUUCAGGCAGUAGUUCUCAUUAUCCAAAUACAUUAACAGCUGAACUGAGUUAAAUUAAACCUGAAGAUUGAUUGAUUCUGUGUCGAAUCAAAGGUACAAUCAAAAUAUAAUAAGAGCAUGAUAUUUUUAAUAUGAGUGUGUAUGUAUAUAUGGGAUUAAUAAACAAGUUAUA